ACGACUCAGUAGAUAAAAGCUUUACUGCACUUUAGUAUGCAGAAAAAAGGCUGUUUUAAGGGAAAGGACUCCCCACUAUAAGCAAUAUCCCCACGCCUCCCACACUGCUUCCUCUCUACUGAUUGUCUUGUUUCCACACACUCAUCUGAACGCACUUCAGGCACGGGACAGCAUGACUAGCGGAUACAAGGACGGGGCACCUGAAGAGGACUACGCUCACUCACCGUUCAUCAGGAAACAGGGGAACAUUUACAAACCAAAUAAUAAAGAAAUGGAUAACGACAGCAUCAACGAAAAGACACUUCAGGAUGUCCACACCAAGGAAAUUGACCUGGUCAACCGGGACCCAAAGCAUUUAAAUGACCAUGUGGUGAAGGUGGACUUUGAGGACGUGAUCGCCGAGCCUCCCGGCACCUACAGCUUUGACGGCGUGUGGAAAGCAAGCUUCACCACCUUCACAGUAACCAAAUACUGGUGCUACAGGCUGCUGACGGCCCUGGUGGGCAUCCCGCUCGCCCUCAUAUGGGGCAUCUUCUUCGCCAUCCUCUCCUUCAUCCACAUCUGGGCGGUGGUGCCUUGCGUGAAGAGCUACCUAAUCGAGAUCCACUGUGUCAGUCGAGUCUACUCCAUCUGUGUGCACACCUUCUGCGACCCGCUCUUCGAAGCCAUGGGAAAGUGCUUCAGCAGCGUCCGGGUCACCACCACCAAGGUGGUGUAAGGACAGGGAGAAGGAAAAGAGCCAGAGGGAUUGGGUGGGGUGGGGGAAUGGAGACCAAUGUCCGAUGCAGGAAGAUAAAACAAAUGUAACCUCUCUAAAAAAGAGGGCAAAGAAAAAGUGAACAGAGAUGGAGGGUUGCACUGUAUUUAGGUGGCCCUUAGAUAAGACUCUCCUCUCCGUCUCUGUUCUGUCCAUGAGCUUUGUCUUCUCUCAGCUUUGGAGUCCUUGGGGUAUAGGGGAUGCGUGUCAAAAAUGCUCAUUUUUUGUCAUUUGUUAGCAUUUAUCACCAUAGGAAUACUGUUUCAGCCUGACUUUUAAAGAAGUUAAUGCAAAAAUGCAAAUUCUGUUAUUUACUUACCCUCAUGUCAUUCUAUGAUCGUCGCUCUGAAACCACCGUAAAAGUGAUCCAUGUGACUUGUGCACAAGUCUACCAUAGUAAUGUGAUAUGAAAUAUAGAGGAUAAGUCAUAUUAACCACUUUUAUGGUACUUUAAUGGUGCUUUUUUUGGUGUUUUUGUCCUUUUUGGAGUUUGACAGUAGUCAUUAUCAUGAAAGGGAUUGUUCACCCAAAAAUGAAAAUUUUGUCAUAAUUUACUCAUCCUCAUGUCGUUCCAAAUUUGUGUGAGUUUCUGCUGGUUAUCAAACAGUUGAUGGUCCCCAUUGACUUCCAUAGUAUUUCUUUCCCUACUAUGGAAGUCAGUGGGGACCAACAACUGUUUGAUUCUUCAAAAUAUCUUCUUUUGUGUUCUGUGUAAGAAAGAAACUUACACAGGUUUGGAACGACAUGAGGGUGAGUUUUCAUUUUUGGGUGAACUAUUCCUUUAAAUAGGCUAUAUAUGUAUAAAAAUAUAAUAUAAAUGUAAAAUAUACAUUUUAAAACAAAAAUGUAAAAGUAUAAAAUAGAUAAAAAUGUUAUUUUUAAGAUGCAGUCACAUUAGUGAAAUUUUGGCAAAACUUUGUGCGCAAAAAGCAUGCACUGUUUAUUGUCAAUAGUGUUGUGAUGUACGCAUGAACUCAAGCUGCUUUCUGUUGAUCAAUACAGCGAAUCUACGUGACCAACUUUAUUGCGAAAACCGUUUCAGAGAGAAAUCUUUUGCGAAAUUCCCAGUCAAUCACAUAUAUUCCUAUUGAAAUAAGUGGAUUUCAGCCGCAAAAUUUAGCUGAACAACAGUAAAUGUGACCGCACAUUUAACGUGAAAUAUUUCUCAAACUUUCUACUUUGUAUUCGACAGAAAAGUCAUAGGUAUAUGCAUUUGAAAAGAUAUGAGGUUGAGUAAACAACGACUGAAUUUUCAUUUUGGCGUGAACUGUAACUUUAAGAUUUGCCUGCUGGGACAAGGCUGUGAAUAAUUUGUUUUGGUUUUUUGGUUUUGUUUGUUUUUUGUCCCCUUUCGUUCAUUGACACGUCCACUUAGCUGUUCCAAAAUAGUCCCAUUGUGGUGUGUAAACAGUAUAUAGUAGAUUCUAAUAGUUUUGCUAUGUUUAUCCUUCCAUUUGGGUACUAUCACCCUUUGGUGUCAUCACUGGGGGUUUAUGUAAUCCAAAAGUUUUAUGUUUGUUUUGGGAAAGGGCUCGGGGGAAACUGAACGAAUUUUAGAGAAAAAAAAAGUAGGCGUGGCCCUGCUGAUGUCAAGACUGCCCGUCACACUGCAUGUUGCCACUGAAUAUGGUGGACGGCCCAAACACGGGGCAAAAGAGGUGCCCUCACUGAACCCUUUGCCAGCUCAGCAUAUACUAACAAAGAGACUGUUCCUGGCUCUGACAUGUAACGCUUCGAACCGGCCAUCAUGGCAACAGCUUUUUGAGUGGCAGAGAAUGUCUUUACAACUUCCAUUGAGACGUCACAUGAAGCUAGCAACUAUAGGACAACAACCUAGCGGGGUCUUCCAGCAGGUUGUGAAGAUUGAACUUUUUUAAGCACAUUAUCACAGCCUUAACAUUUACUUAGACUUUAUUUGCAGUCUUUGAAGAUGAAGAACUUGUUUUUUGCAUUUUUUUAAAAUGUUGUUUCUGCAGAGCGAAGUGACAUAAUUUGAUUUGGAGUUUUGUCCCGUAAACAAAACUGUCUGCUUUUCUGUUUAUUCACUGUCUCACACACACACACACAAACUAACAUUUCCAGCAUCAGAGGCUGCUGCUUAUGUGGGGUAUAUAGUAUUUUGUACUGAUAUUUAGCUCACUUCUCUCACCUUUUGUCUACCUGCUUUGAUUCGGUCACCUCUUUGUCUACCUGCUGUCUUAGUAUCUAUUGUGACGCAUUUGCUUUAAAGAGUAUGCCUCUAUAGAUGAGAUCGUAUUUUUAUUCAUAUUUUUAUAUGAAAACUCAAAUUCUCUUUCCUUGCUUUUACUGUAAAUUCACAUAAUGCUGUGCACAUUAAAGAAAAUUUAAUAUAAAUCA